AUGUCGGGUUUAAGACCGAGGCUUCCAACAUUUUCCCAGAGUCGGGCAGUCGAUAGUGCACUUAUAACUUGUCAGAAAUGUUUGGAAAAAGGCCACUGGACGUAUCAGUGCACAGGUAAGCGCAAAUACCUCAAACGCGAAUCAUAUACUGCUGUGCUGGGCAAGAAACUUGAAGCUCAGAAAAAGACUCAAUCAAAGGUUGGAAAAACAUCAAGCAGUAGUGAAUCAUCGUCAUCAUCAAGCUCUAGUUCUUCGAAUGAAUCUUCUACUUCAAGCUCUAACGAUGACUCUGACGAAAAAGAUUCUGAUUCAGAAAUGAAUUCAAGCAGUAACGAAAGUUCUAGUGAUAAUUCAUCAUCUGAUACUUCCUCAAACAGUGGCGAUAGUCAAUCUUCUACGAGAAGUUUGAAGCGCAAAAGAAAAUCUUAG